AUGGCAAGCAAUCCCCUGAUUACUUUCAAAGCUGGUACCUGCGUGGUAGAUCAAUCGAGUAGGCCCUACAAAGUGAUUCCCAAUCCGACGCUCGGAUUCCUAUACCUGUAUGCCGAAGAGAAUCUCAUCCACUUCUGCUGGCGUGAGCGCGGCAAAUCGGUGCAUGACGAGCAGAAUCUUGACCUCGUAAUACUGCCUGCCGACUGCCGCUUCAUUCCAUACGAUGAUGCUCCGGCCCAUGUCAAUGGACGUUUCUUCGUCCUUAAGUUCUCUUCAUCCCCACAGCGCUACCUUUUCUGGCUACAAUCAAAGCCUUACGAGACGAAAUACGCCAGCCGUUUCAGUGAACGCGACUUGAGCAUUGGCCGUGUCGUUGAUCGCCUGCUGCAAGGAGAAGAAUUUGACGUGGCGGCUGAGCUCGCUGCUAUCAGGGGGAACGGUUAUGACGACCAUCUCGACGAUGGGGAUGAGCCUAUGGAAGAUAUCGAAGGUCACGGCCACUCUUCCGAACAUCACGGAGGCGGCGGGAGUGGUGGUGCCGGGCCAGAUGCAACCGGCGGAGACAUUCGUCGCGAAGGGGCCAAUGCCAGGGAGGCAGGAGCAGAUGGCGGCAGAGCUAAUUUGCAGUCUGAAGCCAUGGAUGCUACGACAAUUGUACGGAACUUUCUUCAUUCCCUGGAAGAUAACCCGGUGCUGCCCGAGCGCAUGCCCAAUCAGCCGUGCCUAUCCCUUGGCGAUCUCCUCUCAUCCUCGACCACCGUCCCAAUCUUGGAAUCCGCCAGCCAUCUCUUCAUUGACCGUCUCCUCGCCUUUCUUCCACCCAGCCUAGUCAACACCGGGCCUAAUGCGCCACCCCUCAGCCUGGAUGAGAAGAAGCUUCUUGUGCACCGGGUGCUUCGUAGCCCUUACUUCCACCAGAGCCUCGAAGGCCUGACCAUGGCAAUUCGUGACGGCGGCUUGCCCAGUUUGGCCGAUGCGCUCCAGCUGAAGGUGGCGAAUGGAGGUUGGGUUAGUGGCGGUACUAUGCCCCUCGGCGGUGGCGAGGCUAUGACCGCAUUUCUCAACGGAGUCAAGCAUCGAGUUGAGGAAGAUGAUCAACCAUAG